AUGCAUUUGAGCCGAGCAUUGAAGGAGAAACGGCCAGAAUAUGGCCAAAGGCAUGAUAAGAUCAUUCUGCAGCACGACAAUGCUCGGCCGCAUGUCGCGCAACGGCAUCUAAAUAUUACCUCUGUAGUGAAUCGUGAGACAUUCGCUGGGUUGAUUCGAUUGGUGCUGCUCAAUCUAGCCAACAACAAAAUUACCAAACUAGAAUCUGAGAUUUUUUCGGAUCUCUAUACACUACAGAUUCUCAAUCUGCGCCACAACCAGCUGGACAACAUUGCGGCGGAUACGUUCUCGCUGAUGAACAAUUUGCAUACUUUACUAUUAUCGCACAACAAGAUCAAAUACAAUACCAAAUAUGCUUACUCGCUGAAUGGACUAUAUGCUCUGUCACUUCUAUCGCUGGACAACAAUGCUCUUACGGGCGUGCACCCUGAAGCAUUUCGGAACUGCAGUUCACUGCAGGAUCUGAACCUGAACGGAAAUGAGCUAUCUCAGGUGCCUUUGGCGCUAAAAGACAUGCGAUUGUUACGUACGGUUGAUCUCGGAGAAAAUUCCAUCAGUGUCAUCGAAGAGCCUGGUUUCAGAGGAAUGAAUAAUCUGUAUGGACUGCGUUUGAUAAGCAACAAUGUCGAAAAUAUUACCCGCAAAGCAUUCAAAGAUCUACCGAGUUUGCAAAUUUUGCACAUUGCGCGCAACAUAAUAACUCAUAUCGAGAAGGGUGCUUUUGAGGCGGCUGUUAGCGUGCAAGCUAUUCGACUAGAUGGCAAUCUAUUGACCGACAUAGGUGGUCUAUUUACAAAUAUGCCAAGCCUCGUCUGGCUUAACAUAUCCGAUAAUCGGCUUGAGCACUUCGACUACUCGCAGAUUCCUUCUCAUCUGCAAUGGCUCGAUCUACACAAAAAUGAGCUAACGGAGCUGACAAAUCGUUACGCCAUGGAUUCCCAGCUUCACCUGCAGACACUCGAUGCCAGCUUCAAACAACUUACAAGAGUGACGCCAGCAACCAUCCCCAACAGUAUCGAGUUUCUAUUUCUGAACGAUAAUCUGAUAGUGCACUUAGAGCCCCACUGUUUCAUGCAGAAGACGAACCUCACCCGCGUAGAUUUAUACGCCAACCAGAUCACUGGAUUGGACAUCAAGGCGUUGCGGCUGCAACCAGUUCCGAAAGACAAGCAGCUUCCGGAAUUUUACAUCGGUGGAAAUCCAUUCGUCUGCGACUGCAACAUCGAUUGGUUGCAGAAGAUUAAUCAUGUCACCUCGCGGCAGUAUCCGACCAUCAACGACAUUGAAACAGUGUACUGCAAAUUAAUGUACAACCGCGAACGCUCCUAUGUCGCGCUUAUAGAAGCUGAGCCAAAGCACUUUCUGUGCAGCUACAACACACACUGUUUCGCACUAUGCCAUUGUUGCGAGUUUGAUGCGUGUGACUGCGAAAUGACCUGUCCGAAUAACUGCCACUGCUAUCACGACAACAGCUGGUCUACAAACAUUGUUGAUUGCUCAGCCGCUGGCUAUACCGAUAUCCCGAAUAACAUCCCCAUGGACACGACGGAGGUUUAUCUUGACGGCAAUAAUCUGGUCGAACUAUCUGGCCAUAGUUUUAUCGGUCGCAAAAACUUGCGUGUUUUAUACGGCAACCACUCCAACAUCGCAAUGUUAUACAACACGACCUUCAUAGGAUUGCGCCGACUUAUAACUUUACAUUUAGAGUUCAACGUUAUACAAAAAUUGUACGGCUACGAAUUUGGUGCCCUUGAGAGUCUCUGUGAGCUGUAUCUGCAGGGUAACCGGAUUUCGCACAUUGAAGAUCACACGUUCAGCGAGUUGCGUAAGCUGGAAGUGCUGCGGUUGGAUGAAAACCGUAUAACUAGCUUCGAAGUUUGGCAGCUGGCAGCAAAUCCAUAUCUUGUGGAGAUCGCUCUCGCAAACAACGCAUGGACAUGUGAUUGCGGAUUUCUCAACAAGCUUCGGGUGUACCUGCAGUCUAUCGCCGACAAGAUAGUGGACGCGAACGAAAUUUCCUGUGUUUACAACAACCUUACGAGUAUCCUGAAAGAAAAAAAUGGAACCAAAUGUACUUUCCGCGAAGGAAUGUCCUCGAUCGUACAUACACAGGAGAUAGAAGAUAUGCUGCCGCUGCUAUUAGUUGCUACAUGUGCGUUCGUCGGGUUUUUUGGUUUAAUAUUCGGCUUGUUCUGUUACAGAAAGGAGUUGAAAGUGUGGGUUCAUUCAGGCUGCCUUGGUUCGCUGUGCUACAAGUCCAGUACGUUCGUGAAUGAGUACGACAAAGAUCGGUUAUAUGAUGCGUACAUAACGUACUCGCUACAGGACGAGCACUUCGUAAAUCAAAUACUACCAGCGACUCUCGAAAAUGAUGAUGGUUUCCGAUUGUGCCUGCACUACAGGGACUUCAACGCAGGUUCCUUUCUCGCAGAUACGAUCGUCGAAGCGGUCGAGAGUUCGAAGCGUGCUGUUUUAGUGCUUUCCAAGAACUUUCUAUACAACGAGUGGACGCGGUUCGAGUUCAAGGGUGCCGUUCACGAGGUGUUAAAGCGCCGCAGAAAGCUGAUCAUCAUCUUGUACGGAGACCUUCCGCAACGUGAUCUCGACACCGAUUUGCGUUUGUACCUGCGCACAAACACGUGCAUCGAGUGGGAUAACGAAGUGUACAGUGCUAGUUGCGAUCGCGUCGCAAGUGAAACAUUUGAGUGCACUUCCAGCUCCAAGUACUCGACGUCCUCAAGGGGAUCCAGUGACUGUAGCCAUUCGAUUUCCUCUAUACACGAUGUUUCGAAUGCUACCGCUGGCCAGUUGCCAAACGGCUCAUGUCCACCGAAUGGGCUGUCUACCACUAACUUUACAUGCCAUCAUCCUACUAGCAGCAGUCGCAAACCCUCUAACACUGGUGGUGGCAGGUCGACAAAGGAUGCCAGCGAGGCGCGUAAAUCGAAUGCGAACAAUUUCAAUGAUAGAAGACUGCCACAGGCAAUGUGGGCAUAA